CCGUGAAUGAACUAAACACAACUGGUUGGUGUAAUUCCUCUGCCGUCACAGCAGUCAGCUGAUUCAGUCACAUGACUGCCCGCUCUAGUUUCGGGCCAGUCCUGUUUACCGGGAGCCGUGGAAGUUGUUCCCGAGGAUCUGUUUCUACACGCAGGGAACCGACACGUUGAAGUUAGUGUUUAGGAAGAACAUGAACAGCUGAUUGUAGCGGGACUUCCGGGAAAAGCCAACGAUGCUUCUGAAAAGGCUCUGAGUCCGAAGCGCCGAGAAGCGUCCGCGUUGUCGAUCAAUUUAGGUUGUUGUUCAACUUCCUCGAGGAGCAAAAAUGAGUCCUGAGGGGAAGAAGCUGCUGAACAUCGUCAUCCUGGGCUUCGGCUUCAUGUUCAUGUUCACUGCCUUUCAAACAUGUGGCAACAUAGAGCAAACGGUUCUCAAGAGCUUCAACAACACAGAGUUUCACGGGAGUGGAUACACAAGCAUGGCCAUCAUCUACGGGGUCUUCUCUGCCUCCAACAUGAUCGCCCCCUCCGUGGUGACUGUGAUUGGACCCCAGCUCUCCAUGUUCUUCAGUGGGCUCCUGUACAGCGGCUACAUCGCCAUGUUCAUCUACCCGUACACGUGGAGCUUCUACACUGCCUCCGUGCUGGUCGGAGUCGGAGCAGCAGUCUUGUGGACGGCUCAGGGCAACGUGCUGGCCAUCAACUCCACCGACGGCACCAUUGGGAGGAACAGCGGCAUCUUCUGGGCGCUGCUGCAGUUCAGCUUGUUCUUUGGGAACCUCUACAUCUACUGUGCCUGGCACGGACACGUUCACAUAACCGACAUGGACCGGCAGACGGUGUUCAUCUCGCUCACGGUCAUCAGUCUGGUGGGCUGCUUCCUCUUCUUCCUGAUCCGGAAGCCCGAUCCUGAACCAGCUCCCCCCGAGGCGGCGGAGGUGCUGCUGCAGGCCGAGUCCACAGACAGCUGCUCCACGGCCAGCUCGUCUCCAGGCCUCUGGUCGCGUGCUCUGGAUGCUUUUGUGAAGGCGUGUAAGAUGUUCUCCUCCAAGGAGAUGCUGCUGCUGAGCGUCUCCAUCGGAUACACAGGUCUGGAGCUCACCUUCUACAGCGGCGUGUACGGGACGUGCAUCGGCGCCAUGACGCGCUUCGGCCAGGACGCCAAGAGUCUGAUCGGCAUCUCUGGGAUCUGCAUCGGGAUUGGAGAGAUCUUAGGAGGGGGCGUGUUCGGGAUGCUCAACAAGUGCCGGUCCUUCGGGAGGAACCCGGUGGUUCUGCUGGGCCUCGUCACGCACUACACAGCCUUCUUCCUCAUCUUCCUCAACAUCGCCAGCGACGCCCCCAUCGCCCCGGAGGAGGGGACGCACCUGCAGGCCUACAUCACCCCCAGUGUGGGCGUGGCCCUGCUCUGCAGCUUCCUGUUGGGUCUGGGUGACAGCUGCUUCAACACUCAGCUUCUGAGCAUCAUCGGCUUCACGUUCAGAGACAACAGCGCUCCGGCCUUCGCCGUCUUCAAGUUCAUCCAGUCCAUCAUGGCCGCCCUGGCCUUCUUCUACAGCAACUACCUGCUGCUGCACUGGCAGCUGCUCAUCCUGGUGCUGGCCGGCUUCCUGGGAACCGUCACCUUCUUCCUGGCCGAGUGGAGGGCCGAGUCCAGCAGGAGGGAGUCCGACUACGACAGCAUCUGAGGAGGAGGAGGAGGAGGAGGAGGAGGAAACAUGGAGAGGAGCUGGAGUCUGUGUGAAGAAACUUUACUGUCAAUCAGCUGAAAACAAACUGCUUUUAUUCGUGUGCAGCUGAGUUUAAAUCAAUAUAUUCUAUAUUUUCUCCACGAAAAGACUAAACCCAACAAUUAAUAAACGCCGUGUCUCAGCCGGAGCCAUUAGGGGCGCGUCACUGGGUGACGCGCCCCUUUAUACGCACUGUAGCGCCCAAUGGCUUUCAUCCGCCGCUGAAAGUAGUCCCCUGUUUGUGUGAUGAUAAAUCUACACAAGUAGAAGAAAGGCAGAUUUAAGUUUAAAAUGUGUCUCACAGACUCCAGUUUGUCCUCCAGCUGCAGAUCGUGACCUCGUGACCUCACGGCGAGCGUUUACAGUAAAAAGGGAUUCUUUUUAGUUUCUCUUCUGGUUCCCUCGUGACGCACCAAGUUCUGCUUUUAUUGGUUCAGUCCUCAUGAGGUCCAGCUGACUGUUUAUCUCCCGUGGACAGAUAACAGCUGGGCUCCGAAGAUCACACCAGAGGGCGAUGCCUCUAAGCGGUGAUGUCAUAGAGUCUUGAAGGGGCACUCCGGUGAUGUCAUAGAGUCUUGAAGGGGCACUCCGGUGAUGUCGGAGAAUGUUUUCUGUUAAACCUUUUUUUUUAUUUUCAUCAUCAAUCAAACGGACGAUAAUUUCUUUUAAUUCAACGUUUUUGUUUCUGCGACGGAGAUUUGACUUCUUCACAUUUAGUUUUGUUCGAGGCAAAAGCCCAAAUAUGCCAAAGGUAUUCGGUUUUAAAAGUAAACGUGAAUGGAAACCGCGGCGGGUACUUGAAGGCCUCACGGUGAUGACUGUAUGCACCCUGACCUGUGGACCACCGGAGGCCCUUCGGCAUCAAACCUGUGACUUUUCCCUUCUUACGAGCUGCUGUCGUCUCGCUGGACUUCUUAUUUCUCCUUAUUUCUUUUUUUUAAUCGCCGCUGUUGUAAACUGAUUUGAUGCCAAACCGACACUCAGUGCUAAAUGAGACUUUAUGUAACGUGGAUGUGGGAAACGAUAUCUGACAUGCUGAUUUUUCUUUUUGUUUACUUGGUGUCAAUUAUGAAUCGCAGCACAUUAGUUAAUUUAUUGCUCUGUGGAAAGUUUCACCAUGCAAUCGGAUGUGAAGGGAAACGCUCGUGUACUAUGAAGCUGAUUUUAUACUUGAAUGUGGUCGUUAUGAUUGUCACCCGGACUUUGGCUUGCUUGUUUUUAUUAUCAAUAAAAUAUUAUUUUGAACAUGA